AUGGCCACAGUUUGCAAUGACACCCAUGGUGAUUUUAUCCUCCGUGGCUUCUCUGACAGGCCAUAUUUAGAAAAGUUACUUUUUUGGGUCAUUUUGAUCUUUUAUUGUUUGACUCUUGCUGGAAAUACAAUCAUAAUUCUUGUUUCCUUGAAGGAUCCAAAACUCCAGAUCCCUAUGUAUUUCUUUCUUGCCAAUCUUUCCUUAUUAGAUAUUUGUUUCACUAGCAGCUGUGUGCCUCAAAUGUUGGUUAAUUUGAGAGGUCCAAAGAAGACUAUCACCUAUCAUGGCUGUGCCACCCAGCUCUACAUCUUCCUGUGGCUUGGUGCCACUGAAUGCGUUCUUCUUGUUGCCAUGGCUGUAGACCGUUAUGUAGCAGUGUGUCACCCUCUGAGAUAUACAACUGUCAUGCACCCCAAAGUCUGUCUGCAACUGGCUGUCCUUGCUUGGGGUGCUGGCCUGAUUCAGUCUCUGAUUCAAUCUUCUGCUACCCUCAGAUUGCCCUUUUGCUCCCACCGGGUGGUAGAUGACUUUGUGUGUGAAGUUCCAGCCCUGAUUCAGCUCUCCAGCGCAGAUACUACCUAUAAUGAAGUCCAGAUGUCCAUAGCCAGUGCUAUUCUCCUAGUGUUACCCUUGGUCAUCAUUCUUUCCUCCUAUGGUGCUAUUGUGAAGUCCGUGAUGAAGAUAAAGUCGACGACAGGGCAGAAAAAAGCAUUUGGCACCUGCACUUCUCAUCUUCUCAUUGUCUCCCUCUUCUAUGGUACAGUCACAGGCGUCUAUCUUCAGCCUAAGACUCACUAUGCUCAGGAACAGGGCAAGUUUCUCACCCUUUUCUACACUGUAAUAACUCCAACUCUUAACCCUCUCAUCUAUACGCUGAGGAACAAGGAGGUAAAAGGAGCAGUGAUAAGACUGGGGUGGAGGGCUUGGAGCUCCCACAGAUAA